GCAGAACAGAGACGUGCUGGUGUGGGUGAAGACCACAUACGACCGAGUGGCCUUCCACCGCCCCACAGACGACACCUCAUUCCAGAUGCUUCCAUACAGCCAGGCAUGGCACACCAUGGCGCAUCGAGCCAUGGCCCGCCUGCCCCCCCGGUACAUUGCGGUGCACUACCGCUCCGAGUUCAUCGCCUUCCACCUCGCAUCGUGGCCAUAUUGGACAAGCUGCUGUGCGCGCAUGCCCACAUGUUCCUGGCUGGAUCCAGCACAUGUGGGGGAAGCCGCGGCUUUGAGCAGGACAUUACGCAACACAGGAGUCAAUUCAACAAGAACCUCCCGCAUAGAUGGGUCUCACGGACAGACAAGCUUCUACAGCAGUCAAACGGCAGCUCUGCAGGUGUAGG